UGACAGUUGUCCAGUGCGGUGACAGCGGAUGUUUUGCAGUCCGUGUACUUCCGGGUAGCAUAGCUAACCUUAGCGUUUUAGGCAACCCGAGAAAACACUGGGCAAUGACGGCGCUAAAAUAGUAAUAUACCAUAAAAAUGAUAACUAUACUGUUAUUCACACUUGCCACACCAUACUGGGUCAAUUGUGCUAUUAGGGAAGGAGGGACACCAGAGGUUGAGCACAAAGAAAACCCGGAGUUCGAACCCCUGAACGCUGUCCUGUCCGAUUAUGAGGUCGUGCCUCUGUCAGACCUUCACCUUCACUCAGUCAGGAAAAGGGACGUACACACCCAGUCCCACCUGGAGCGCCUUGUGAGCUUCAGAGCCCUACACAGAGAUUUCAGGCUUUAUUUGACGACCAACACAGACCUUUUCACUGACAACUUCCAAGCUGUGUUUGUUGAUAAAUAUGGGAGAGAAGACAACUACAAUGUUCAACUCCAGAAUUACUUUACCGGACAUGUUGUCGGUGAGGAGCAUUCACGUGUGCAGGCACACAUAGAUGGAGAUGAGUUCUCUGCUCAUAUUCUUACUGAUGAAGCAGAGUACAAUGUAGAGCCCCUAUGGAGGUUCAUAGAUGCCCCAGCUGAUGGCAGGUUGCUGGUGUAUCGCUCUGAUGACAUCAAAAAUCUGAGCAGAGUCGCCUCUCCGAAAGUGUGCGGCUACAUUCAUGCAGAAGACAGGGAAUUGUUCUCCCAGGUGUCUAGAGGUGACGGGGAUGGACACAACAUGAGCCAGGCUGCAGAGUAUUACCACAGAGAGAAAAGACAUGUCCAUGACCACAAGAAGAACACCUGUCCUCUGCUGCUAGUCGCAGACUAUCGCUUCUUCAGGCACAUGGGACGUGGACAAGAGAGCAUCACCCUCAACUAUCUGAUUGAGCUGAUUGAUCGAGUCGAUGACAUCUACAGGAACACGACGUGGGACGACGAAUUCCAAGGCUACGGAGUCCAGAUCCAUCAGAUAAUCAUCAACAAGGAGCCUACACAGCCUCCUGAUCACGCUGGCAUCAACUGGGUCCAUUAUAACAUGGAGAACAGACACAUCAUAGAGAAAGGAAAGGACAAGAGAAUGGAAGGGGUCUGGGAUGUGAAGAAGCUUCUGGAGCAAUUCAGCUCAGACAUCGCUGGUAAUGCCUCCACUGUGUGUUUGGCUCACCUGUUCACCUACCAGGACUUUGACGAGGGUGUCCUGGGACUCGCCUACGUGGCUCCUUCCAAAGCUCAGGCCCUGGGUGGCCUCUGUCCCAAACCCUAUUAUCCAUCUGCGUCUGCCAAGAAGCCGAGUUACCUGAACACAGGCUUGACCAGCACCAAGAAUUAUGGAAAAACCAUCUUGACUAAGGAAGCAGAUUUGGUGACCACCCAUGAGCUGGGACACAAUUUUGGGGCAGAGCACGACCCUGACAACAUCCCAUACUGCGCCCCCACCGACGACCAAGGGGGGAAGUUUGUCAUGUACCCUUUUGCUGUGAGCGGAGACCAUGUCAACAACAAGCGUUUCUCCAACUGCAGCAAGAUCUCCGUCGGAAAGACUUUACGUUUCAAGGCUCCGAUGUGCUUCAAGGAGAGGAACAGCAAAGUAUGCGGCAACUCUCGAGUGGAAGAAGGGGAGGAGUGUGACCCGGGGCUACUCCACCUCAACGAUGACCCCUGCUGCUCCUCCACCUGCAAGUUUAAACACGAUGCACAAUGCAGCGACAGAAACAGUCCUUGCUGCAGGAACUGCACGUUUCAACAAGCAGGAGUGAGGUGUCAGGAACCCAUUAGUGCCACAUGCAAAGGCACAUCCUCCUGCACAGGCAACAGCAGUGAGUGUCCUCCUCCAGAAAACGCAGAAGACAACACAGUGUGUGUGGACAAGGGCCGCUGCCACAAUGGAGAGUGUAUACCUUUCUGUGAGGCCAUGCAGAGUCUUCAGUCCUGCGCCUGCAACGAAACGGAGGACUCCUGUAAAGUCUGCUGCAGGGGAAAAGACGGCCUCUGCUCUCCCUUCAUCCAGACUGACGACACUUUUAUUUUCCUCCGUAAAGGAAAACCGUGCACAGUGGGAUUCUGUGAUGGGACUGGAAAGUGCAUGAAGCAGGUGCAGGACGCCAUCGAGAGGCUGUGGGAUUUUAUUGACAAGCUGGACAUUAACACAUUUGGGAAAUUCCUGGCUGAUAACAUCGUGGGCUCUGUGGUGGUGUUUUCCCUCAUCUUCUGGAUCCCGCUCAGUAUCCUGGUCCACUGUGUGGACAAGCGACUUGACCAGCAGUACGAGGAGAACUACCACCCCAGUGGUCAAGAAAUGCUGAACAACCUCGAGUCAACAUCGGUCCGAAUCGUCAAGCCUCUUCAGCCUCCCUUCUCCUACACCGGCCAGACCGCGCCCUGCUCCCUGCCCCAGCGGUCUCAUCAGGUAAGCCUUUCGGCGGCCCCUCCCACAGCCAGCAGCAGCUCGCCGGCCCCAGGUCCGAGUUACGUCCCCACCCCGGACAGCGCUGGGCUGCGGAUGGCCACCAUCCAGGAGGACACCAGCAGCGACUCUCACCAGGGAGAGGAGGGGCAGUCGGGCGAUUUCACAACCGCAGAAGCCUGCUCGUCGGCUACGAGAUCCUCCUACGAGGAUCUGACAGAACACAACCUGUCGGCCAGAGAGCGGCGGCGCCUCCAGAGGCAGGACCACGUUGACACGAAGGAGACAGAGUGCUGAGAAAAAUCACGUGCAAUGUUCGUGUGAACGUGAGAUGUGGGAAGUGUUUUAGGGAACAUGCAGAUUAAUGCGACCACGUCGACCUUUUCUUUCCUCCUCACAUAUCAUCGACCUCGGCUUCUUAGCAAGAGUCCAUCCCAUGUUGUUUUAAAUAGAAUUUAGACAUUUUUACACACUGGAUCUUCCUCAGCCAGCUGUGGAGUAAAGUACGUCAGUGUGCGAGUAUUAAGUCACGUGUCUUCAGUGUCUGACUGGGUUUAAGGUGCCGUAUUUUCCGGAGUAUUAUUAAUGUUUGUUGUGAACCCCCCCCCCCCCUCCAGAAAUCUCCUAUUCUCAUUUUAUUUACAUUCCAAAGCUACCAAUGCAUCCAAACAGACGCUAUAUCAUUUAUGACCACCAGAGGGCAAUCUUUACUCGCGACAACUGAACUAUUCUACUGUAUCGCUGACUAAAUCAUAAAGACGUCCUUAAAAGCUAAUGUUUUAGCUCGUGCACUUUUGGCUAUUUGGGAUUUUUAUUUCAAAAAUUAUGCAAAAAUGCUCUUCACAAUUCUAGAGCGGUAACUCAUUCUCCGGUGUGACGUAUAGUCCGGAAACAUACGGAAGUUGUCAAGUUUCUUUAAAUGUCUGUGAAUGACUGCUGUGCCUUUUUUUUUCAAAUGUAAUAAUACAAGGAUGGGCCAGACGAAGGUCUGAGCAGGUCUUUGUGACCAAUACACUUGACAUCAAGACAAACAUUUUCCUUCCUUAUAUCUGUGCACCAAGUACUGAGUUCAAAACGAUGCAGCUCAAUGUUUGGUCGGUUGUAACAGGACAGACGUGUAAAUGUAGCAACGAUUAUUUUCCUCUGCUGAGGGAAACAUUUAAAUGUGACACACGAGGGCAGAUACUUGACUACAAAACAUUGAUGUUAUCCAUUAAUCUGAGUAACCACUGCGCUUGAGAGUAUUUUCCUGUUACAUAUUAUGUCUUAGAAUUUUAAUGAUUGGUCAACCUUUAUUCAUUCUGUCAGCUUUUAUUUUAGAUUUUGUGCUUAAUGAUUCAAACACACCCGUGAA